ACACAGAGCCCAGCCCACCACUUGGCGCCGUUGACAGUUAAUUUUCUCGCCACAAUUUCCCCCAUUUUCUCGAGAAAAUCCAACCUCCUAGCAGCUUUCCCGUCACAACGGUUGCCCAGUCCGCGUCGCCAAACAAAAACAAAUGAGAUUCUCCCCUACGUGGCUUUCCAUGAUUGGUCAGUCGUUACCUCCGUGCGUCACCGUCUCACAGUUGUACCGGACACGCAAUCCGAGACGAUGGAAUUACGCGGGCAGUUCGCUGAUCUACUUAUUGAGCAAACCCAGCCGAGCGUCGAGAAAUCUCUGUAGCUGUGAGUUACUCGAUCAAAUGGCAAUCAAGACAAAUGGGUUCAUCGAUGGGAUCUUCCCCGAGGAGCUGAGGAGAGUGCUGCAGUCUCUGGCCAUGGAAUGGGGAGAUGUGGUGGAAGACAUGAAGGCCUUGCAGGUGAUACCGAUGAAAGGUGCGAUGACGAAUGAGGUUUACCAGGUGAACUGGCCGACGAAGGGAGGAGGGGAAGGAAUCAACAGGAAGCUGUUGAUUCGAAUCUAUGGCGAAGGGGUUGAUCUGUUCUUCAAUAGGGAUGAUGAAGUCAGGACGUUUGAGUGUAUGUCGAACCAUGGUCAAGGCCCUAGGCUUCUUGGCCGGUUCCCUGAAGGCAGGGUUGAGGAGUUUAUCCAUGCUAGGACACUUUCAGCUGCUGAUUUAAGGGACCCUGAGAUUUCUGCUCUGAUAGCAGCAAAGAUGAGGGAGUUUCACAAUCUGGAGAUGCCUGGCUCAAAGACUGUGUCAGUUUGGAACAAAAUGAGGGAUUUGCUGGGUGAGGCUAAAAGUUUGUGCACUGUGAGAGAUGCUAAAGAGUUUCGCUUGGAUGUUUUCGAAGACGAGAUCAAUAUGCUGGAGAAGGAGAUCUCGAAAGGGCGCCAUGAGACUGGGUUCUGUCACAAUGAUCUGCAAUAUGGCAAUGUAAUGAUCGAUGAAGAAACCAAGGCUAUCACUUUGAUUCUCUGAAACUAAUUUCCCACCCAAAACAAUGAGAACCAAAUGAAAAGGUCCUUCCUUUUCUGAGGAUUACGAGUAUGCAAGCUACAAUCACAUUGCUUAUGACCUGGCAAAUCACUUCUGCGAAAUGGCUGCGAAUUACCAUUCUGAUACUCCACACAUCCUGGAUUUUGACAAAUACCCAGGACACGAAGAGCGCUGCAGAUUCGUACGUGCUUACCUUAGCUCGUCUGGCGAGAAGCCAACCGAAGAUGAAGUGUUGCUGUUAGUUCAGGCUGUAGAAAACUAUAAGCUAGCAAACCAUCUAUUCUGGGGGCUAUGGGGCAUAAUUUCGAGAUACGUGAAUCAAAUCGAUUUCGACUAUCUGGAGUACGCGAGGCAGAGAUUGCAGCAGUACUGGAAGAUCAAGCCAAUGCUUCUUCUGGGUUCAUCUGGGGUGGUGGUUAAUUCAUGUGAUAGUAAUGGAUAUGCAGGAGUUGGAACAAGGGAAGGGGCUUAAGUAGAAGGAUUCUGUUUUUACUGGAAAUUUGUAUAAAAAGAUGUGCGUUAGAGAGAGAGAUAAGAGUUGGGAUUCAAUGGUUUUUUAACUCAAUUAUAGAGACAAUCUACUUAACAGUGUAAUAUAUAGUUGUUAAUCCUUGGUAAUAGUACGUUUGAUGUUUCCAGAGACAAUCUAAUAGAGUAAAUUGGAGAACACUAAUUUGAAAAUUUUGCAAAA